AUGAGAGGGGUAAAUAGUGCAUCCAAGGCUAUUAUAAGGGCUUACUCAACACAGCAAUCACAACCUCUUAUUUCCCUGACAUUAUUAUUAUCAAGAAAUCCCAUAGUUACUCAAGAAAUAUCAUCAUUUGAAAAACAAUUCUACAAAUAUCAAACCGAAGUAUGGAGAAGAUUAAUGUGGACCUUUCCGCGUUGGUUCUAUUUCAAGAGUGGUACUUUGGCCUUUCAAAAGUUCCGUGAAUUAAAUGUUGGUCCUAUUCCUAAUGCUACCAAUGUUCAAUAUCCAACUGGUAGACCAGAAAUUAGACAAGGAAGAGAUAGAAGAUUUAAAGAAGUAUUGAAAGUACCAAAAACUUAUAAAGAAGAGGGGGAUGUCGAUUUCGAUCCUGAAAAGGAUGGAAAGAUGAGUAUGUCUGAUUUGUCUAGAAAAAUUGUCCCAAAUGAUAGAGUCACUGAAGCUGAUCGUAGUAAUGAUGUGAAAAGUUUGGAAAGACAAUUGAGUCGUACUUUAUAUUUAGUAGCAAAAAAUGGUGAUGAAUGGAAGUUUCCAUCUUUUGCUGAAGAACCUGUUGAAGAAGGCUCCAGUUUACUUGGAUUACAUGAAAUUGCCAAGAAUGGAUUAGAUAAGAUUGGUGGAACUGAAAUCAAUUAUUUCAAUGUUUCAAGAACUCCAUGUCAUUUAUUAAACAAUACUAAGGAAAACAAGAAAGAAUUCUUUAUUAAAUCACAUAUAUUAUCUGGAUCAUUCGUUCCACAAGAUAGCUCAUUGGAUUUCAAGUGGUUGACCAAAGAAGAAUUAAAGGAUACUUUACCAAAGGAAUAUUAUCAAGAAAUUGAACAUUUAUUAAGUGAUAUCUAA